AUGGACACACACAUCAAGUUUAUGGUGGAUUGCAGCGAUUUACUUUUACUACCUCAGCCCACACUUGCAACAGCCAUUAUCUAUCAUCACAAACAUUCGCAUUACUAUUCCAUCCAUCCAACACUCUCACAAAUGGAUUCAGAGCUUCUUUCAGCAACUUGCCUUCAUCUUGCAUGUAAAACCACUGAAACCCCACGCAAGCUGCGCGACAUCAUCAAUGUAGGUUAUUACAUUUCUACAAAACAAUCAACAGGAACACCUACAGCACUUGUAUUAGGAGAAACGUAUUGGCAGCUCAAGGAUACAAUGCAAAAAUCCGAAAUCAUUCUUUUGCGUAUUCUUUCGUUUAAUACAAUGAUCCAUUUGCCUUAUCAGUAUAUACCUGCCGUUAUUUAUUCUAUAAGAGGACAUGCUUCACAGCCUUAUUUAAGACGUAUUGCUCAAUCGGCAUUUAUACUCGUAAACGACCUUGUUGCUUCUUUUGGUACAUGGAUGAAGAUUGAAUCUCGAUGUGGUGAAUACACUGCCGUGACAGUUGCUCUUGCAGCUGUUUAUAUCAAUCUAGCCAGUGUCGAGUCAAUGCCAAUGUUGGAUUUAAAGCAGGUCUGUCGUGGCUUUAUCCGUGAAGCACACAUGCAUUGGGUAAAAGGUAACUUGUGUAAUGUCGACUUGAAUUACAGACAAGUACUAAUCCAAGAAUAA